AUGUCCACUCUCCUGGAAAACAUCACUUCCAUGAUUGACAUAUUCCAGCAAUACUCAAACAAUGAUAAGGAAACAGAAACACUGAGCAAAAAGGAGCUGAAGGAACUUCUGGAAAUAGAAUUACGGGCAGUUCUGAAGAAUCCAGAUGAUGAAGAUAUUGCAGAUGUCUUCAUGCAAAUCCUGGAUGUAGACCAUAAUGAGAAAAUAGAUUUCACUGAGUAUUUACUGCUGGUGUUGAAGUUAGCUCAAGCAUAUUAUGAAUCAUCUCGCAACAAAAGUUUGCAAACUGGAUCCAAGAGAAGAAGAAAGGAUCAUUAUAAACAAGUAGAGGAAGAUGGAGAAGAGGAAGAAGAAGAAGAAAGAAGACAAAGACACAGAAGAACUGAUGGAAAGCAAAAUAAAGAAAGAUCGAAAAGUCCCAGAGGAAGAGGAAAAGAAAGACAUGGAUCAAGCAGUAGAAAACAGGAGAGGGACACAAAUACCCAUGGAGAAACAGAAAAACGUGGGAAACAUCACAGUUCAAAUAGAAAGCAUCGCAGAGGAUCUAAUUCGGUUGAAAGAAGAGACAGCAAAGGAAAGAAAAAUAGAAAAACAAAGGAAACAAACAAAAUAAAAUAUGGAGUUGUAAAAUAUGAAAAUGAAAAUUAUGAAGGAACGGAUAAAUACAGUGGUGAUUAUUACUAUGAAAAAGGGGAUGUCCAAGAAGAACGAGAAAAUGAAAGAAGCUCAAACAGGCAAAAAAUUGAACAAAAAGAGUCUACAGACAGGACCAGGCAGUCCGGCCACAGAGAAACCGCAAGAGGCCAUGCAAGCUUCAUGAGAUCUAUUCCUGACUACCUUGCUAUGACUAGCACAAUUCACACAGUAAUGCAGCUUGACAGGGUGUUUGGGAAGCACAAAAGUGUCAAAGACCCUUGCUUCGGAUAUGUGUCUGACAACAGCAGCCCCUACAAUGUUCCAAAGGAUGAAUUUCUUAAUAGCAUUGUCCUUGGUCACACAGUGUCCAUGGAAUCCAGAAGAGGGAGUCAGUUCCUUAAGAAGCUGGAGUCGCAGGCAGUGGAGAGUGGCCUGGUUUGGAUGUUGGGAACUGAACUUGAGAACACUUCUGGGUUCCGGGGGCUGCUGUGGUUCCAGUUCCGGGGGCUGCUGUGGUUCAAGCUCCGGGAGCUGCUGCAGCUCUAG